GAGAGAGAGAGAGAGAGAGAUCCAAUCUUCAAUCUUUGCAUAUAUCAGCUUGAGUUGUUGCUAGGGCUGAGAGUACUAUCUACUUGAGGCUAUAAGAAAGCAACUCAUUCUCUGGGUUUUCUCUUACUAAUCUUCACUACUUUGGUGAUCAGCUGAGCUGAGCUGAACCUUUUCUGGGUUACCAAGAAAAAUACCUUUUAGAUUGAGUCAAACUGAUCAGAAAAAGAGAAAAGCUUUGGAUACAUGCUAGGAAAGAUGGCUGAAGAAACCCUUCCAAAUGGUUUUGUCGAAAACUCAAUUCCUGGAUCCAAUAUUCCUCCACUGCCAAAGAAGAAGAGGAACCUCCCUGGCACCCCAGAUCCUGAAGCAGAAGUGAUAGCCUUAUCGCCAAAGACCCUGAUGGCGACCAACAGAUUCUUGUGUGAAAUUUGCGGGAAGGGUUUCCAAAGGGAUCAAAAUCUGCAACUCCACCGGCGGGGGCACAACCUUCCAUGGAAGCUGAAGCAACGGAGCAGCAAAGAGCCGAGGAAGCGCGUUUAUGUGUGCCCUGAGAAAAGCUGCGUCCACAACCACCCUUCUAGGGCUCUCGGAGACCUAACCGGAAUAAAAAAGCACUUUUGCAGAAAACACGGCGAGAAGAAGUGGAAGUGUGAGAAGUGCUCGAAGCGGUAUGCUGUGCAGUCAGAUUGGAAAGCGCACUCCAAGACCUGUGGCACUAGGGAAUACAAAUGCGACUGUGGGACUAUAUUUUCAAGGAGAGAUAGCUUCAUCACUCACAGGGCCUUCUGUGACGCCUUAGCCGAAGAAACAGCAAGAGUAAAUGCGGUGUCCAGCAUCAACAAUGUGGUCGGCGCCGGCAACAUGAACUACCAUUUCAUAGCACCGACCAUGGCACAAAAUUUCUCUUCCAUUUUCAAGCCAAUCUCAUGCAAUGACGAAACAGUUAACCCAACGACGUCGCAGGGGCUACCCCUAUGGAUGAGCCAAGGAAUAUUUCAAGGCCAGGAAGGAAUAUUUGGAGAUCCACUAAUUUCAUGCUCGAAUAAUCCUCCACCGUCGGAUUAUCAUCAGCAGAAUUGGGUGUUUGGAGCUAAGCUCUCCUCGAGUAAUUCACAAAGAGAUGUGAAGGAGGCUGUGGGAGGGACUCAGCAUCUAAGUGUUCCUUCCUUGUACAGCACGCAACACCAACCCCAUCAAACACCUUCUGCAAACAUGUCAGCCACGGCUUUGUUGCAGAAAGCUGCUCAAAUUGGAGCAACCUCAACAGACCCAUCAUUCCUAGGGAGCUUUGGAUUGAAAUGCAAUGAUGGGCAGGUUCUAUAUGGAUCAAACACAACACUUUCUAGUCUUGGAAAUGAUGUAGAGAGCUCUGCAGAUGAUGUAUUAGAGAUACACCCUGCAAAACGCAGGCACAUACAGAGUGAGCAAGAUGGGGGAGGAGGGCAAACAAGGGACUUUCUGGGGGUGGGGGUACAACCUGUUUGCCACCCUCCAUCAAUCAAUGGAUGGAUUUGAGAUAAUAAGGGAAUUUUAAUGGGUUGCAAUUAAUGUAAAGCAAAUUAAUUAAGUUGAUAAUAAAGUGAAGUUUUUGGGGGGGUUGGGAGGAGAAAUAAGUAAUUUUGGUGACUUUGCAGAGAGGAAAAGGUGGGCAUUGAGUAGUGCUUGAUGGGGGGGGCUAAAAGUUUGUGCUUAGAAAACUAUUUAAGAGGUGAAGGAAGGAGAUCCAUGCAUAUUCUCUUGAACCCUGAAAGCUGAUCCCUUUUGAAAAUGGUGGCUUUUAUUUUUGAUUAAAGGGGGUAGGGUGGUGGGGGAAAAGCAAGAGCCCCUUUUGGACUCCAUUAUUGCUUUGGUUCGCAUUUGUUGUGGUUCUUGCUUGUCAAACUGGACUUAAAAAGAGAAUUUCCAGUGGCAAAAGCUUAUUCUAGUACAAAUAGGCUUUACCCUAUUGCUUAAAAUAAACUAUUGUAGCUUUUCAAUAGCACAUCCCUGAACACUUGUACUAUAUAACAAGUUUA